UCGGUUUCCUCUUCACUUUACCAUCACUCCUCUGCUGAGAAGAAUUGUCAGAGCAAGAGAGAGAGAUGGAACGAGGCAGAUGGUUUUGGGGAGAAAAGGGGUCAGCUUUAGGGUUGUUCAUAGUUGGGCUUAUUUUGAUCAUCAACGGCUGUAAUGCUUCCAUCCACGAGUACAGAAACGAAGCCUUUACUCCUCAGUCAAACGCCUUCUUCUUCCAUGGAGGCAGCGAAGGUCUCUACGCUUCUAAGGUCGUCGAUUCCUCUUCUUCUUCUUCUUCUUCUUCUUCAGAUACUCACGUCAAGGGCAAGUCCUUCAUCAGGUUUGAGAGUGUUACUUUUGUGAGGACAAAGGAGUCUGCGAAUAAGCAGAAUGAAAUGCAGCAGAGUACUGGUUUGGUGGAAGCUAUAAUUCUUGAGGUCAAGGACAGGGCUAGGAUUGGGGCUUCAUUCCUGAAAUCGAAUCUGAUAUGCUGCACCAGGAAUCUUUCUGAGGAUGGACAAUGCAUGGCGGCGGGGGAGGUUGUUAUCCACAAAAAUCCAGACAAUCCCGAGUGGCCUAGGCGCAUCCAAACUUUCUUUAAUGGAAAGAACGAAGAGGCUAAAAUGAAGUCUGAGACGGUUGAGAUAAAAAGUUCUGGAAUGUACUACCUGUAUUUUAUGUUUUGUAAUCCGGAACUCAAGGGCACGCUGAUUAAAGGAAGGACUGAUUGGAGAAAUCCAUAUGGUUAUUUGCCGGGGAAGAUGUCUCCUUUGAUGACAUUCUAUGGCUUAAUGUCUUUAGCUUACCUUGUGCUUGGCCUUGCCUGGUUUCUGAGGUUUGUUCAGUUUUGGAAGGAUAUCAUACAAUUGCACUACCACAUCACAGCGGUGAUUGCUCUUGGAAUGUGUGAAAUGGCUGUCUGGUACUUUGAGUACGUCAAUUUCAAUUCGACUGGAACCAGACCUAUGGGCAUUACGCUGUGGGCGGUAACCUUUAGAUCUGUCAAGAAGACACUCUCUCGUCUUCUUCUGUUAGUAGUUUCAAUGGGCUUUGGUGUGGUGAAGCCUACACUUGGUGGUAUAACCCCAAAAGUAUUUCUGCUUGGCGUGGUAUAUUUUAUGGCAUCAGAAGCACUCGAGCUUAUUGAAAAUUUGGGGAAUAUCAAUGAUUUUUCUGGAAAAGCAAAGUUACUUUUGGUCUUACCAGUUGCCUUCUUAGAUUCGUGCUUUAUUCUGUGGAUUUUCUCUUCGUUAUCAAAAACUUUGGAGAAACUUCAGAUCAGGAGAAACAUGGCUAAGUUGGAGCUAUAUCGAAAAUUUACCAACUCUCUCGCAGUGUCUGUGCUUCUGUCAGUGGCCUGGAUUGGCUUUGAGCUAUAUUUCAAUGCAACCGAUCCAUUGAGUGAGUUUUGGCAAAUCGCCUGGGUUAUUCCUGCAUUUUGGACUCUGCUUGCCUACGCUCUCUUGGCAGUGAUAUGUGUACUCUGGGCUCCAUCAAGUAACCCAACUAGAUAUGCAUACUCAGAGGAGACGGGAGAUGACUUUGAUGAGGAGGGCGUCUCGUUAACAAGUGGUGCUUUGAAGGUGAGUGGAGAUACAGCAGCUAUGCGAGAAUUUAACAAUGGGCUUGCAGAAGAUCUGGAGGAGGAUAAGCGAGAAUAGAGAUGUAAUCUUGCCCCGUAGAAAAUUUACCAUAAUGAAGCUUCAAUGACAUAUCCUGGGUGUGCUGUUGCUGUAAAUCUUGAUACACAAUCCAUGUUGUAUUAUGUAGAGAGAGAUUAGGUGAAUAGUUAUGGUACAAACAUAUAUGAAGACAGGAACUUACAAGUAAAUUUUACAGCUGUAUCGUAAUUGUCUGAUCACCUUCAGUUCAGGCAACGGAACGAAGAUAUUCUAGUUCAUGAUUAUCCAUUUACAUUUUCUGCUUC